AUGAUGAAUUUUACCGUCCACAAGGAGAAUAACACAACGGCUCAUUCGACAAUUUUUUACGACCAGACAACUCGCGGAAUCCUUGCCAUUCUGAAUUGCCUGUUGUUGCUUGCAUCUAUCGUGGGGAAUGCUUUAGUCCUGGCUGCUAUGAGGAAGAUUUCUUCCAUUCAUCCAAACUCAUUGACUCUGCUCUGUAGUCUUGCUGUUUCAGAUCUAUUGGUUGGUUUCGUGGCUCAACCGAGUUUCAUAGCCGGUAUUCUAACGAGAGAUACUUUCGUUCAAAACCUGUCGGCAGUGGCAAUGGGUUCGGCGUGCUCAGUGACGCUUUGGACAAUAACUGCGAUAAGUGUGGAUCGACUUAUGGCUCUUCGAUAUCACAUGAGAUAUGGUUCUUUGUUCACCGAAUCUCGGGUCAGAUAUGCUGCGCUAACUAUAUGGUUGGUCAACGUACUCCUUUCUGCCUCCUAUCCUUGGACAGAACAAAUAUACAAAUUUACCAUGGGUAUUGUGACUGUAAUCUGCUUAAUAAUUUCAGCAUCUUGUUAUAUUUUGAUAUACCGUGUGGUUCGCCUGCAUCAAACCCAGAUUCUAGCUCAACAAGUAGCAAUUCACCCUCCUUUGGAAAGAAAUGGUACAGAUAUGAGACGUCUACGUAGAAGCGCUAUUAAUACUUUUAUAUUUUUCAUGUUUUUGAUCAUUUGUUAUUCUCCAAUGUAUGUGAUACUGUUCCUUUAUGGAUUGUCCUUCAUAGAGUGGAAAAUAGAGUUCAACUUUUUUACUACUUUAGUGUUCAUGAACUCGUCAAUUAACCCAUUCUUGUAUUGCUGGCGGGUCAGUGAGUUACGAGGGGAAGUCUUACACACUGUAAGAAGAUUGUUUUGUAAACAUACGGUGGAAAGCUAGAAUUUGAAGAUGGGGCUCAAUACAGCCAGCCUCUUGAUGCGACGAUGCGAACUUGUUCACACUCGGGUUACAACUUAUGCAUCGUUGUCUUUCCUUGUGACUACGUUUCAAUUCCAGAGAAUAAAAACUAAAUAUGUAUACAACUUGACUUUAAUGUUGUUCACCCCGCGGCCAAUAAAUACGUCGUCGGAUGUUCGAAAAGCACCAUA